GUAUCGGUCUCCUCCAUGACGGUAUCUUCUUCGUGCCAUCCGGUGCCGCUUCGUCUCCACUCCCAGGCGGACUUCGAGAGAGCAGCACCCAGCCUGAGGACCGGGAGCAGGAGGCGACAAGCAGGGCUUCUUCUCACGGCUAUUGCCCCGCUAUGCUCGACCACCACCACCGCGACGUGUAGAUUCCUUUCCCCACGCUGCCUUUUCGUCCCGAGGAUGAGCACCUCCGCUUCGGCCACCGGCUCGGCUUCUUGCCGCUUCGCCCACUAUUUUGUCGUGUGUGGACUGGACGCCGAGACGGGCCUGGAGCCGGACGACGGAGCAGGCCAGAGCUUCGAGCAGAGCCCGAUUCAUCGCUCCUUCAAGUCCAGAGUUCUGGUGCAUUACCCUGAGAGCACGGACAGAAACCCCUUCAAUAAGGAUGCAGUCAACAUGCUGUGCAUGCCGAGGGGUCUCUCCUUCCGCACGCAGGCAGACCGGCGUGACUCCCACUUCCACUCUUUCACCAUCGGCUUGGCCGACGGCUCCCGCUCCUACGGCUUCGUCCACACCUUCUACGAGGAGGUGACCAGCGCGCAGGUCAUCACGGCCAUGCGGACUCUGCACCAGAUGUACCACGUGGAGCACCACUCCUCCUCCACCUCCUCCUCCUCCUCCGCAGCCUCCUCCGCCUCCUCGCCCUCCACCUCCAGCAUGGACUCCCUGCUGAGCAGCCUGGACGAGUCGGACGGGGACUCUCUGGCGGGGAGCGCCGCCUCCUCCUCCGCCGCCUGUUUGGGCUGCGCCAACUCCUUCGAGCCUUCUCACGACACCUUGUACGUGUCCAAAUCCCUCUGCCUGCUCACGCCGCUCCCUUUCCUCCAAGCCUCUCGCCAGUUCCUCUCCCAGCUGCACCAGGCGGUCGCCUCCCAGACGGCGCCGCCUCUGCCGCUGGAGAGCUACGUCCACAACAUCCUCUUCGAGGUGCCCCUGCCGCCGCCCGGACGCUCGCUGAGGUUCCACGGCGUGCAGGGACCCAUCUUGUGCCAGCGGCCCGGCCCGGGCGAGCUGCCACUGGGGGAGUAUCCUCUCGGAGAAGCCUUUUCUCUGCUGGGGGUGGACAACAUGGUGCGGCUUCUCACCUGCUCGCUGCUGGAGACGCAGAUACUGCUCUACUCCCAAGACUACCAGCGUUUGAUGACCGUGGCAGAGGGCAUCACCACCCUGCUCUUCCCGUUCCAGUGGCAGCACAUCUACCUGCCCAUCAUCUCCGCACCUCUGCACCACCUCCUGGACGCACCUGUCCCCUUCCUGAUGGGCAUUCAGCACAGGGAGGGCGCUCAGCGGUCCUCCCUGCACCUACCACAAGAGGCCAACCUUUGCUUCGUGGACAUCGACAACCGCUGCGUGGACGCUCCCGAGGGUCUCCCCGGCUUUCCGGACCAAACCGAGCUUGCGAAAGACCUGAGCGAGAUCCUGCAGCGUUUUGGGCUCCCCCCGCAGGGCGGCGCCGUCCAAAAAGCCUCCAGCGCCUCUCCUCCUCUGAGCAGCCUGGAGGACCUGAUGGAGGACCGGCGCAACGGCAACCUGGCGGGCGACGAGCUGGAGGUCCUGGAGAGGCUGCAAGCUCUGGCUUGGAGGUGCGGCGCGGACAAGACGGCGGGCGGCGGCGGCAAGACGCUGGGGCGCGUGUGGGAGGAGGAGGAGGAAACACUGAGCACGGCCAAGAUGAACAUUCAGCUGAGGGAGGUGUUGGCCGGCCGCUUUGCCGCCAUCUUUGGCCGCUACGAGGAGUUUGUCAUCCACGGCGCGUUUGAUCUGGAUUCCUGGCUGAGCAACCGGGAGGGGACGUUCAGCUUCGACAAGGGUUCCUUCCUCUCAGCCCAGCCCACGGCCCACUUGCGCUUCCUGUCCCGCUUCCUGGAGACGUCCAUGUUCUCGUCCUUUGUGGACGGCAAGGUGAUGUCUCGCUGGGCCGACCGGGAGCCGCUGCAGCAGCUCUUUGACAGCCGCCUGGAGACGGAGCGGCUGUGCGACGCGGACCGGGCGGAGGGCCGCGAUGCCCGCUGCGGGGCGGGCCCCACGCUCUUUGAGUCAGCUCAGGCCAUCGAGCGCCGCCUGCUGAAGGCCGACCACACGGCCAUACACCCCCACCUGCUGGACAUGAGGAUCGGCCAGGGUCUCCACCAGCCCGGCUACUUCCCCAAGCUGCAGGCUGACGUGCUGGUGCAGGCGCAGACCACCAACAAGCGGUCCAGUCGUGUCACAGCAUCACGCAGAAGCGACACCAGGAGGACGCCAACAGCAGCAGAAGACGGCGAGCAAAGACAGAAGCACUCGCUGGCAAGGAAGCACCUCAACCAGCUGCAGUUUAUGGACGUGUCGCCUCAAGAGGUCGCCCGCACUCACAGAGAGUUUGUUCAGGGCUUGCUGAGCGAGUGUCGACUGAAGACCAAACGCAUGUUGAUGGAGAGGAUGGGGAAGGAGAGCGUGGAAGUGGGAGAAGCCAACAUCACUGGCCUGCAGGAGAGCACUCUGAUCCACGGCCUGUGUGACCUCCUGGAGAGAACCUGGGGUCACGGUCUGCAGAUGAAACAGGGGAAGUCAGCUCUGUGGUCCCACCUGCUUCAUUACCAGGCCACCCUGCCGAAGACAGACAUACCAGCAGAGUCUCCAGGAUCCGAGCAGAGAACAUUUGAUGAUGCCACGCUUCUCCUGCGAGGAUCUUUGGUACAAGAUAUGAGGUUUAUCCAAACUAUGAGUGAGGGUCUAUCUGAGGUGGGCCAAGCCCGAGCGUGGAUAAGUUUAGCCCUGGAGAAGAAGAUGCUGUCUCAGCACCUCAAAGAGCUGCUCACCAACCAGGAGUUGCUCAGGCACUUGUACAAACCUCACGCCUUCCUGCUCUGCGAGGAAGAGCGGGAGCAGUUCCUGUUCCAUCUUCUCUCCCUCAACACGGUGGACUACCUCUGCUUCACGCGGGCCUUCCACUCCAUCGAUAUUCCGUACCGGGUGGCGAUCAUCCCCAUGAAGAAGCUCAGCAUUGCCAUGGCGACCGUCAACCCCUGGGUGUGUGUGUCGGGAGAGAUGGGAGAUUCAGGGGUCCGACAGAUCCCCAAGAACACGCAGGAUAUUUCCUUCCAGUGCAAGAACCUGGGCCGGCUGAGCACUUUGCAGCUGGGACAGGAGAACUCGGGCCUGCUGGCCAAGUGUCUCAUCGACUGCGUAAUGGUCUACAACGAGAUCACGGGGCACACCUACAAGUUCCCGUGCGGUCGCUGGCUGGGCAAAGGCGUGGGCGACGGCAGCCUGGAGCGAGUCCUCAUCGGUCAGCUGGUGUCCCCGGGCGGAGACGAGGAUUCCGGAAGGUGGACGGGGACGCCGCCGCCGCCGCAGGAGCUGGCCUCGCCUUCCCAGGGCAUGCGGGCCGUGCUGGGGUCGCUCGGCAACCGAACCAGAGUGAUGUCUGUUGAAGUACACGAGGACAUGAGGGAGGCGGCCAACAACCUGGUCAAACACUUCCACAAACCUGAACAAGAGAGAGGAAACGUGACCGUCUUGUUAUGUGGCGAAGGAGGUCUGGUUGCCUCUCUGGAGAAGUUCCUCCUCCACGGCUUCAAGUCCAGCCGUCUUUUCCAGCGAAACGUCUUCGUCUGGGACUUUGUGGAGAAGGCAGUGGUUUCCCUGGAGACGGCCGAUCAAAAUGGCGACCUGGCGGGCUCGAUGCUGCGGAAGGAGCCGCCCUGCGACUUGCUCUGUCAUUACGUCAACUGCAUCAACGCCUCGCCGAGAAAUAUCGGGAAGGAGGGGAAGUUCCAGUUGCUGGUCUGCCUGGGGGUCAGGGACCGACUCCUCUCCCAGUGGCUCCCCCUGCUGGCCGAGUGUCCCCUGACGGCGCGGACCUACGAAGACGGCGCUCUGAUGCGGGACCGCUCCGCCAUGCACUCGCUCUCCCGCAUCCUGCACACGCUCAACGAGUUCACCGUCACGCUGGAGAGCUCUCUGGUCAAAGGUGUGGCGCUCUGACCCCGCCCCAACGGGGACGCGGGUGGGACUCUGGUGUGCUGUAACAUAACGCUCCGAACCUUUUGCCUUGUUCCCUGAUGUCAAUGUCAUCACGCUUGUAUUUGCUCCAGGAAGUAGUCCUUUGUGUCAUUUCACUGUGGGGAAAAAAACAACACAACGGCGGUCACUUUGUUUGUUUUCCUAGCUUGUGUACGCUAAAACCAGUAGGGGGUGUGACGGCUUAGCAGCCUGGACGUUUACAUCUUAGGGACAUCAAUGCACUUGUAGUACAAACCCCGUUUCCAUAUGAGUUGGGAAAUUGUGUUCGAUGUAAAUAUAAACGGAAUACAAUGAUUUGCAAAUCCUUUUCAACCCAUAUUCAAUUGAACAGACUGCAAAGACAACAUAUUUCAUGUCCACACUGAGAAACUUUGUUAUUUUUUGCAAAUAUUAGCUCAUUUGGAAUUUGAUGCCUGCAACAUGUUUCAAAAAAGCUGGCACAAGUGGCAAAAAAGACUGAGAAAGUUUGUCAAGUUUUUUUUUUUUUACAAAUCAUGAACUUAGAAUUUAAUGGCAGCAACACAUUGCAAAAAAGUUGUCACUGGGGCGUUUUUACCACUGUGUUACAUGGCCUUUCCUUUUAACAACACUCAGUGCUGAAAUAAGCAGGGGCGUCCAUGGUAACGUUGCUUGGAUGGCAACAUGUGUUGCUCCAAAAGCUGUAUGUACCUUUCAGCAUUAAUGGUGCCUUCACAGAUGUGUAAGUUACCCAUGUCUUGGGCGCUAAUACACCCCCAUACCAUCACACAUGCUGCCUUUUACACUUUCACACUAGAACAAUCUGGAUGGUUCUUUUCCUCUUUGUCCACAGUUUCCCCCCAAAAAUUGAAAUGUGAACUCGUCAGACCACAGAACACUUUUCCACUUAGCGUCAGUCCAUCUUAGAUGAGCUCGGGCCCAGCGAAGCCGGCGGCGUUUCUGGGUGUUGUUGAUAAAUGGCUGUGGCUUUGCAUAGUAGAGUUUUAACUUGCUCUUACAGAUGCAGCGACCAACUGUAGUUACUUACAGUGGUUUUCUGAAGUGUUCCUGAGCCCAUGUGGUGAUAUCCUUUACACACCGAUGUCGCUUUUUGAUGCAGUACCGCCUGAGGGAGUGAAAGUCCGUAAUAUCACCGCUUACGUGAUUUCUCCAGAUUCUCUGAACCUUUUGAUGAUAUUACGGACCGUAGAUGGUGAAAUCCCUGAAGUCCUUGCAAUAGCGGAUGGUUCUUUCCCUAUUUGGUCCGGAGGACACGACGUCCACAGUUUCCAAAAACUAUUUGAAAUGGGGACUCGUCAGACCACGGAACACUUUUUCCACUUUGCAUCAGUCCAUCUUAGAUGAGCUCGGGCCCAGCGAAGCCGGCGGCGUUUCUGGGUGUUGUUGAUAAAUGCCUGUGGCUUUGCAUAGUAGAGUUUUAACUUGCUCUUACAGAUGUAGCGACCAACUGUAGUAACUGACUAGUUUUCUGAAGUGUUCCUGAGCCCAUGUGGUGAUAUCCUUUACACACUGAUGUCGCUUUUUGAUGCAGUACCGCCUGAGGGAGUGAAAGUCCGUAAUAUCACGGCUUACGUGAUUUCUCCAGAUUCUCUGAACCUUUUGAUGAUACUACAGACCGUAGAUGGUGAAAUCCCUAAAUUCCUUGCAAUAGCGGAAGGUUCUUUCCCUCUUUGGUCCGGAGGACACGACGUCCACAGCUUCCAAAAACUAUUUGAAAUGGGGACUCGUCAGACCACGGAACACUUGUCCACUUUGCAUCAGUCCAUCUUAGAUGAGCUCGGGCCCAGCGAAGCCGGCGGCGUUUCUGGGUGUUGUUGAUAAAUGGCUGUGGCUUUGCAUAGUGGAGUUUUAACUUGCACUUACAGAUGCAGCGACCAACUGUAGUUACUUACAGUGGUUUUCUGAAGUGUUCUUGAGCCCAUGUGGUGAUGUCCUUUACACACUGAUGUCGCUUUUUGAUGCAGUACCGCCUGUGGGAUCAAAUGUCUGUAAUAUCAUGGCUUACGUGCAGUGAUUUCUCCAGAUUCUCUGAACCUUUUGAUGAUAUUACGGAGCGUAGAUGGUGAAAUCCUUAAAUUCCUUGCAAUAGCUGGUUGAUAAAUGUCGUCCUUAAACAAUUUGCUCGGGCAUUUGUCGACAAAGUGGUGACCCUCGCCCCGUCCUUGUUUGUGAACGACUGAGCAUUUCAUGGACGCUGCUUUUAUACCCAAUCAUGGCACCCACCUGUUCCCAAUUAGCCCGUUCACCUGUGGGAUGUUCCAAAUAAGUGUUUGAUGAGCAUUCCUCAACUUUCUCCGUCUUUUUUGCCACUUGUGCCAGCUUUUUUUGAAACAUCAUAUUCCAAAUGUGCUAAUAUUUGCAAAAAAUAGCAAAGUUUACCAUUUUGAACGUGAAAUAUCUCGUCUUUGCAGUCAAUUCAAUUGAAUAUAAGUUUGCAAAUCAUUGUAUUCUGUUUUUAUUUACCAUUUACACGACGUGACAACUUCACCGCUUUUGGGGUUUGUCGUACCAAACGCUUCUAGUGGAGUCGCGUGGUUACUCAAAAGAUCACAACCAAGUCUAGAAUGUUCCUAAGCUGUACGAGUCAUGUUGUUGUCUACCUUUUUAACGUGAUGAACUUCUCCUUGCACGCUCUUUAACCCCCCGGAGGAAACACACGCAUGGCCAAAUCUCUUAGUUUAAUGUCUCCUCGCGCCACCGGAUGUCCACUCUAAUGGACAAAGACUCUGCUGAUACCUGCCACGCUGAUAUCGGGCCCCCGUGUAAAUAUCUCCUCUGAUCCCCGUGUCGUGGCAUCUGUUCCAGGUUAAACGGCUCCCUCGUUAGUUGUGGAUGUCGUCUCUUCAAAAACCACUAAAGUAUUGGCUGGAUGUGGCGUUUCCGCCGCGAAGGAAACGCCCGCCUUUCUCCUGCACGGCACGAUAUGUAACCCCGCCUCUUGGUGUUAUCAUUCAGACACGGACGGACUAGAGAGAGCAAUAAUAAUAAUAAUGGUUAUUUAUUAUGACAAAUGUGCUGUCACAUAUUAAAGUUAAUAAUGAAAUAAGCGGAAAUGUCUUGUUUAUUUUUUUGCAGCGCUCCUUCGGUCCAGUAUUAAACGUGUUUUACCGUAUAUCUUCCGGACCAUAGGGCGCACCAGAUUAUAAGGCGCAUUGAAUAUUUUUAAGAGUUCUUUCUUUAUCAAUAGGCAUGUUUAAAGCAGCUAAUAUUUUCCACAUAUGUACACUUUGUGCUUGUAUCGUAUGUCCGCUAGUAAACUGUGUGUUUCACCUGG